GACUCUGAUGUCUGCAGUGGUGGCCCAGUGCCACUACAGCUUUGGUUUGCGGAGGGGCGUGGCCAAUAACCUGUUAUACUUUGAUGAGCAGACUGUCAUCUUCCCAUCCGGGAACAACUGUGUUCGUUAUAACAUCGAUCAGAAAUGGCAGAGGUUCAUCCCAGGUAUCUGCAUGCUAACAUCUCAGGAGUACAACAAUAUGGCUAGGGUCAAGGUGUUUUAUAGUUGUUUAGUGUCUCUGACACUACAUCACUCUCUCUGAAAUCUAUUCAUAGACAAAUAUAAACCUGGCAUUAAAAACAAAAUUAGCUGUUAACAACCUGUUAAAGAUAUCCAUCUUCCAGUUAUGUUCUCUUUGUGAUUCAUCUUUGAUUUUGCUCCUUAGGUUUGGAGAGAAGUCAGGGAAUGUAUGCCCUGGCUAUCAGCUCAAACCGCCGCUACCUGGCGGUGUCGGAGCGGGGAGAGAGGGCCACCAUUACAGUGUACAACCUGCAGCACGAGCAGAGCCGGAAGAGGAAGGUGCUGAAUGGAGGGGACAUCCAUGUCCAGGAGUUUGUCUCAAUGGCCUUCUCCACCGACUCCAAGUACUUAAUCGGCCAGUCAGGGACGCCAGACUACACCCUCUUCUACUGGAUGUGGGAGAAGCAGAAGGUCAUGGCCAUGGUGAAGACCACUGUGGCCGCUAAUCCAGUCAACCAGGUGAGGUCGGACUGCUCUCUUGUUAGUGGGGCCAGGGAAGAGUCCUUGGCAAGGAAAUGGUGGUGUGGAAUGAUCAGAAUAGCAGUAUUAUUUUUCCAUAGAUAAAGCAGUGUUUCCCAAAGUCGGUCCUGGGCCCCCCCUGGGUGCACUUUUUGUUUUUUCCCCUAGCACUACACAGCUGAUUCAAAUAACCAACUCAUCAUCAAGCUUUGAUUAUUUGAAUCAGCUGUGUAGUGCUAGGGGAAAAACCAAAACGUGCACCCAGGGGGAGCCCCAGAACCGACUUUGGGAAACCCUGAAAGGCAUUAAAUCGCAUUCCUGGUCCUUGCUCCUUACUCUGUUGUAGUAUCAACUCUGUAGCUGAUCACACACAUACUUAUUUACUUACAAAGGCUAUAUUAUGAUGGCACUGUCUCACACUCUACACGCUUAGAAAUAGAGGUGCUAUCUAGAACCUAAAACGGUUCUUCGGCUGUCUCCAUAGGAUAACCCUUUUUGGAUCCAGGUGGAACCCUUUUGAUUCCAGGUAGAACCCGUUUGGGUUCCAUGUAAAAACCCUUUCCAAAGAGGGUUCUACAUGGAACCCAAAAUAGUUAUCUUAUGGGGGCAGCCGAAGAACCCUUUUGGAACCCUUUUUUCUAAGAGUGUAUAUGUUUCCAGGUCAGCUUGAACCCAUACGACAACACCCAGAUCUGUGUGAGUGGGAAUGGGGUCUUCAAGCUGUUCCGCUAUGCAGAGGGGGUUCUGAAGCAGUCCACCUUCCAUAAGCAAGAGACCCAUAACUUCCUAUCCCAUGCCUGGAUGUCUGAGGAGAGGGUGAUUGCAGGGACAGAAGCAGGCAGGCUGAUGGUGUUUGAGUCUGGAGACCUUCGAUGGGACAUGAGUGUGACCACCAAGGCCACCAUGUCACAGGACUCAGACAGGUGGGCAUAAGGAGAGACAGGCUUGUGCUGACACAGUAAUAACCUACCUAUCUACCAUGAAAUAAAAUGUUACCAAAUUAGCUGUUUAGAAAAGCUAGACCAAUCUAAAGUGCUCUUGGAUAUCAUACCACACAGGCAGUUAGAGUCCAGUUUGGGCAACUUCUUUCAAUGCACAGGGCACAGAACAGAUGUUACACAAUUUCCAUGCCUGCUGUGUUUCUUUUGACCUGCACACCGAAGAAGGUGAAAGCCGAAACGUCUGUGUAUGUUACCCUCCUAAUGCCGUAAAAAUAAUAAAAAUAAUAAUAAUAACAAUCGAAAAAUGUUACAGUGCAGAGAGAAAUGAUGAAGAGGCCCCUCCUCAGUUGCCAAGGGUUACAGUCAUCACAGCUUACUCCAAAGGCUUUGCCUGCUCGGCCGGUCCUGGGACUGUGUAUCUGUUUGAGAGAACGGACGACAAGGACAACUACAGGAAGACCAGGGAGAUCAGGGUGACAGAAUUUAUUUCACCAAACUAUCACUAUCACUCAAGCGAGCUGUAUAGUGCAAAUCUAAGCACCUUCUGUACAAACAGACUAUUUGUACAGAGGUUUCUGAAAAUGUCACUGCCUUUGUAUUUAUACUUGUGUGUUUUUUAUUAAUGUAACUGUGUUGUGCAUGCAUGCAUGUGUGUGUGUGUGUUCAUGUAUAUGUUCCAUUCAGAUCCCCCCAGACCAGUGCAGUCACGAGCCCAGCUAUGCAGAGCAGCAGCAGAUAGUCUCUCUGGUCAUCAGUCCAUCAGAGGAGACAGUAGUGACCAGUACAGACCGUGGUCAGCUCUACAGUAUCGCCCUGUCCUCUGCUGAGACGAGCAAGGGGGAGCAGGUCCAGUUUGAGUUCCUGUCCCACUCUUUCCACUCUGGGUCUAUCACCGGCCUGUCCAUCUGCAUCCGCAAGCCCAUCAUCGCCACCUGCUCCCUGGACCAGUCUGUACGCAUUUGGAACGUUGAGACCAAGUAAGAACUGUGGGUUUCACAAUCCCUUUUAAUAAAGAUUUUCUGGACUUUAUGUCAAGACUAUACAGUGUCCCAGCCUGUGAUGAUUGUCUCAGCUCCUUUGUUGUUUUAGACACUGAACGGUAGUUACAGUAUAUGUGAGAUUAAUUUUUUUCUUGGCUGGCUGUUAGAAGGUUUUUAAAAGCCUUUAUUAGGUAUGUCUCACUUUCCUUUCCCCCCAGCACCCUCGAGCUGUAUAAGGAGUUCCAGGAGGAGGCGUUCAGCAUCGCCCUCCACCCCUCUGGCCUGUAUGUCAUGGUGGGCUUCUCUGACAAGCUGCGACUCAUGAACCUGCUCAUAGACGACGUCAGGACCUUCAAGGAGUUCACCGUGCGAGGCUGUAGAGAGGUCAGAAUUAAGAGUUCUCAAUGCCAACAGUGCCUCAUUGUAGAUAGCUGAACAUCACUGGUACUUGAACAUUGAUUUGCAGUGUACUGUAUGCUUUUUCCUUUUAGUGUGCUUUCAGUCACGGAGGACACCUGCUUGCUGCGGUCAAUGGAAACGUCAUCCACAUCUACUCCACCUCCACGUUCGAGAAUGUCCUCAACCUUAAAGGACACAAUGGGAAGGUUAGGAAUGGUACACUGGGGGAGGUCACUGAUGGUUUACAGUGUGAUUUAUCAUCAGAGAGUAAGACUCUAGCUAGCAAGCUCCAACUAGCCCACUAGCAGCCUGCCUCCGGCAUAUUCUUUGGCCCACAUCUGGCAGCCGCUUGACCAACCACAGUUCCAGUAGGCCUCGCCUCAGGCCAACAGUUCCAGGCCAUGUGAACUGACCAGGAAAGACGUUUGGCCCUAGUUAAAGCUUUGAGUUUUCCUGGUCAGUUCACCUGUCUCGAAAAACUCAGGGUCGCAGAGGUAACGUGACCGCAUGUGGGUAUUUUGUUUAAGGCUUUCCUGUCUCCAUCUCCAGGUGCGCUCCAUAGCCUGGAGUGGUGAUGACAGCAGGCUGGUGUCAUGUGGUAUGGAGGGGGCUGUGUACGAGUGGAACACCCUGACUAGCAAGCGGGAGUCGGAGAGCGUCCUCAAGUCCUGCAGCUACACCAGUGUCACCGUCUCCUCCGACGCCAAGACUAUCUUCGCCGUGGGGACCGACUGUACCCUGAAAGAGAUCCAGGCCUGUCAAGUGAGACCCCCAAAAAGUACCAUGUUUCUUCCCUCUAGGGAGUUUUUCCUGUCUGUUGCUUCGGCUUUGCUUGCUCUUUGGGGUCUAGGCUAGGUUACUGUAAAGCUCUUCUUGACAACUGCUGAUGUAAAACAUUAGAUUGACAUUUUAUUGAAAUGUCAGAUACUCUGACAACUGCGUAUUAGUUUUGAGAUAUAGUCAGUUAUAAUGAUGCUAUAAAAUUAUAUCAGGUCUUUCUUGUAAUAGCUAUAAGAUGGUUUUAAUAAUUGAGGGGUGCAAUUAGAACUUAUUAGCCAGGUCUACAGUAUCUUCUUAUUCUUACUAUGCAGAAGUUUCCCUCGAGAGUGGUACUAUGCUGACUGUUUUGAGUUAAUAUUUGAUUUCCUUAAACUCUUCAUUACAUUUUUUGAUGGUGUCAGUUUCCAGCUGUGUGAAGUGAAGUUCUGAAAGGGAAGUAAAUAGUGUUUCCCUCUCUGUCAUAAUGACUGGGGACAGAGAGUUUAUUACAUUCCCACUCUGCUGUCACUUCUUCUCAUCCCUGAGUGACGGCCAUCUUUCUGACAGUCUAUGAAAGCAAUCAAGAAAGACGAUACAGUCCGUCAAAAAAGAGGCCCUUUGAGUUAUUCUGGGAAGCUGGAGCUUGGAGAGAAAAACCCACAACAAUCAUAAAUAUCUCAAUUUGGAGGAGUUUUAUCCAGUCCUGAAUAGAUCAGUGGUGAUGUUGGAUGCCUUCAUCCAUCCCCAUCAGUCUAUUUGCAUUCCAAGUGUUGAAGUAAACAAAAAUUUCACUGACAGAAUAUCCACUUCAAUAAAUGAGUCCCUGGGGGUUACCUCUGCUGCAUUCAUUUCUUGCCAUCCCUUGAUAGUAGCCUUUAUAUGGUAGCCUUUAUAUGGUAGCCUUUAUAUGGACAUCCACUUUGUCCUCAUCCACUGGCUGUCCCGUCUCUCUCUCUGUCAGAUCCUACGUGAGGUGCCCGCUGAAGAUGUGGCUUACACCACCAUCGCCAUGUCCCGUUCUGGGCGCACGCUCUUCACUGGGACCUCCAUCGGAACCAUCAGGGCCAUCAAGUACCCCCUGUCCAUCCAGAAGGACUGGAUCGAGUACCAGGCCCACUCUUCACCUGUCACCAAGGUACGACUUGCAAUGCCUUCACCAAACAGUAAAAUACUGUGCAUUGCAAUGCAAUACAACGCAGCACAAUUUGAGCGAUUACAGUGUAAUGAACCACAACAACAUGAAGCAACACAACAACACACACCCCUCACACACAACCUGUUUCGAUGACGAGCUGAUUUCAAGAUUGAUGGUAAUCAGUGCAAAGGCCAUUGAUUUGAGUGGAUGUAUCAUGAACGGAGGUGUUGAAUCAAUCAAUCAAUCAAUUUUAUUUUAUAUAGCCCUUCUUACAUCAGCUAAUAUCUCGAAGUGCUGUACAGAAACCCAGCCUAAAACCCCAAACAGCUAGUAAUGCAGGUGUAGAAGCACGGUGGCUAGGAAAAACUCCCUAGAAAGGCCAAAACCUAGGAAGAAACCUAGAGAGGAACCAGGCUAUGAGGGGUGGCCUGUCCUCUUCUGGCUGAUUAUGUUUAAAGCCCUGUCUGUCUCACCUGUAUCUUGGUCUUGGUCUUGAAGUGUGUGUCCUCUCUGUGUUCAGAUGGUGAUCACGUUUGACGACCAGUACCUGCUGACAGUAUCUGAGGACGGCUGUCUGCUCAUCUGGAAGAUCAUAGACAAGGAGGGCCGCGGCCUGAAGAGAGACAAGGAGAUCACCUACGCUGAGGAGAUCCUCAUCAUCAAGCCAGACCUGGAGGAGAAGGUAACUCACCAUGGGGAUCUUUGGAGCAUUACACUGACAUGAUACAUGGGUUGGGUGUGUUACAUUAUUGUAGGUUUGCAAGGGCCAUGGUCACUCCUACUCUAACCUGAUUACUCACAUUAUCCCUGUCCUCCUGUCCUCUCCUCUUCCCCCCUCUCCUCCCCUGCUCUCAUGCCUCCUUUUAUCUCUUCUCCCACUCUCUUCACUUCACUGCUUCUACUCUUCUUCCCUCCCUCGCUCAUUCUCUUCCUCUCCCUCACUACCUCCUCUCCUCCUAUAACAGAACCAGGUGAUGUUAGAGCUGAAGACGCGUGUGGAGGAGCUGAAGAUGGAGAAUGAGUACCAGCUCCGUCUGAAGGACAUGAACUACAACGAAAAGACCAAGGAGCUGUCAGCUAAGUUUGUUCGGCAGAUGGAGUCGCUCAAGACCAAGAUACAGGUGAGACAGACAGGGCUUUAAACAUAAUCAGUUAACUACUUCAAACAACUUAACUAAAUAAAGUACUAGUCAAUUUGAUUCAAUUACUUUUGUGAAUUAGAGUGAUGUAGCUACAUUUAGAUGGUAAAUAGGCUCUGAGGUAAACACUAAUAUGGCAUGAACUAGUACGGGAGACCGGGGACAAUUGUAACAGGGGCCAAUUGUAACAGGGGCCAAUUGUAACAGGGGCCAAUUGUAACACCAUGAAUUUCUCCAAACAGAAACAAGCUAGAGUGAUGAUACUCUCUCAGCACAUGCCCAUUUAGGGUUUCUCUCUGCUUGAAAGGUUGCAGCCAAAUAUCUCACUAUUUGCAGGUGAAAUUAGUUUUUUCGACUGCUGUAUUUUUCUUAUACUGUCCUGAGCAUUAAUGUCCAAGAAUUCAAACUAUCAUAAUUAUCAUCACAAUAUGUUGGCUAAACAUUGACAUGUUUGACAUGUGUCACUAUUGUUGUCUCUUGCUAGGCACAUGAGAUUUUGUCAUGGCUGCUGGGUUGGGGUCAAUUGUAAUGCAGUGUUGAAAUGAACCCGAGCCAAGCAGGCAAUGAUGAAAAAAAAGUUAUAUUAACUUUAGGAUUGUAUGAAUUACACAUUAAUUAUACAAGAACUAACUUUAAAUAGCCUUGGAGUACUAUAGAUUGCCAAAAAAGUUGUAAACAUAUAUCAUUUGGGCACCAUCAGACUAUUAAAACGUUUUGAGAGGAACCGAAUGACCAUGCACAAACAAGGGUGUUACUGUAAAUAUUGGUUACACUCACAUGAAAAAAUACUAUAGUAUACUAUGGUAUAGAUACUAUAGUAUUCACAGUAGUGUUUUUGCAGACUUUACUGUAGUAUUCACUGUAGUAAAAGAAAACUUGUAUAUACUAUAGUAAAUCAUGUAGUGUUUUUGCAGACUGUAGUAUUCUGUGGUAUUUACUAUAGGGUUUUUGCGGAACGUAAUAUACUGUACUAUUUACUGUAGUGUUUUUGCGUACAUUACUGUAGUAUUUACUAUAGUAUUUUUGUUAUAUUAUCUUUGACAUAGAAGUGGUGGCUUUUUCCUUCAGAAAAUCUACUGGAGAAAUACUAAAAGAGCACAUUUUUCAUAACCUGUAGGUAGGACUGAGGUCUGAACGGAUAGUUCAGAGCUUCUGCUCUUUUCUAUAACCUGUAGGGAACACAAUAUAUGGUCUAUACUUGGCAUGUAGGUUUCUCACUUCUGGGUGGCACAAAUUGGGAAAUGGGGGAUGGGAAUUGGCAGGGUAUAUGCAAAUUAAAUACUGUAGUAUUUACUAUAGUUAAUAAAGUGUAGUGAUUUUUGCAGACUAGUGUUUUUGGAGACUGUAGUAUUUUUGCGGACAUUAGUGUAGUAUUUACUACGUUUGUUGUGUGGAUAAUACUGUAGUAUUUACAGUAUACUCUACAUUGUCACGCCCUGGCUCUGGGGACACUGUUAUGUUGAGCCAGGGUGUGUAUUCUAUGUUUGUAUUUCUAUGUUGGCCUGAGUGACUCCCAAUCAGAGGCAACGAGUGUCAGCUGGUUGUCUCUGAUUGGGAGCCAUAUUUAACUGUCUGUCUUUCACUUUGUGUUUGUGGUUUCUUGUUCGUGUUGGUUUGUGUUUAACCGUAGACGUCACGUUUUCGUUUGUUGUUUUGAUCGUGUGAUCAUUAAAUAUAUAUAAAUAUGUUCACCUUCAACGCUGCGCAUUGGUCUCUCCCUGACGAUCGUGACAGCAGAAACCACCAAAACUGGACCAAGCAGCGUGUCCAGGAGCCAUUGCCUGGGGAAUCGCUUGCAGAUCUCCGUGGCAACCUCGACUGGGUCCAGCCUUGUAAAGAGCAGAGUGGAUGGACUUGGGAACAGUGGAGGAAGAGUUUCGAUUGGGUCAAGCCUAAUGAAGAGCAGAAUGGCUGGAGUUGGAGACAGAGGAGCGAGAGUUGGGCGAGAACGAUAGAGGCCUGGCCCACGGGGAGGAGAGACCCCCAGAACAUUUUUAGGGGGGGGCUCACGACGUCGGGGCAGCAGGAGGCCGCGAUAGAGCGGUCCAGUGGGUUGGCAGAGGAGGCCGCCAGGUUACGGGGGCCACUGGUCGAAGAGGGGAUGGAAGGUGGAGAGGCACGGCGAGAGGUACUGGGGUGUGUUACCAGUCCGGUCCGGCCCGUUCCAGAUCCCGGUGUAGGGCCAGUGGCGUGUGUCCCCAGUACGGUCCGGUCUGUUCCUGCUCCCCGCACCAAGUCUGUGGUGCGUUUCGUCAGCCCUGUCCGGCCCGUUCCUGCUCUCCGCACCAAGUCUGUGGUGCGCGUCGCCAGCCCAGUCCGGCCCAUUCCUGCUCCCCGCACCAAGUCUGUGGUGCGUCUCGUCAGCCAGGCUCGGCCCGUUCCUGCUCCCCGCUCCAAGUCAGUGGUGCGCUUCGUCAGCCCGGCUCGGCCCGUUCCUGCUCCCCGCUCCAAGUCAGUGGUGCGCUUCGUCAGCCCGGCUCGGCCCAUUCCUGCUCCCCGCACCAAGUCUGUGGUGCGUUUCGUCAGCCCGGCUCGGCCCAUUCCUGCUCCCCGCACCAAGUCUGUGGUGCGUUUCGUCAGCCCUGUCCGGCCCGUUCCUGCUCUCCGCACCAAGUCUGUGGUGCGCGUCGCCAGCCCAGUCCGGCCCAUUCCUGCUCCCCGCACCAAGUCUGUGGUGCGUUUCGUCAGCCCUGUCCGGCCCGCUCCUGCUCCCCACACCAAGCCAGUGGUGUGCGUCGUCAGUCCAGCACGGCCCGUGCCUGUUCCCCACACCAAGCCAGUGGUGUGCGUCGUCGGUCCGGCACGGCCCGUGCCUGUUCCACUGGUGCCUGGUCCGGCACCGGUCAGAUGCGUUACGCCGGAGCUAUAGCAAUCCGCUCCAUCAGUGUGCAGUCCAGCUCCGGCCAGCGGGGCCAGACCGGACCAGGGGUACUUUGGGGGGUUGGAGAGGGAGUGGGGAUCAGGCCCGGAGCCGGAUCCGCCGCCAAGGCGAAGUGCCCACCCGGUCCCUCCCCUGUGGUAUUUAGUUGGCGCGGUCGGAGUCCGCGCCUUUAGGGGGGGGUACUGUCACGCCCUGGCCCUGGGGACACUGUUAUGUUGAGCCAGGGUGUGUAUUCUAUGUUUGUAUUUCUAUGUUGGCCUGAGUGACUCCCAAUCAGAGGCAACGAGUGUCAGCUGGUUGUCUCUGAUUGGGAGCCAUAUUUAACUGUCUGUCUUUCACUUUGUGUUUGUGGUUUCUUGUUCGUGUUGGUUUGUGUUUAACCGUAUAUAUAAAUAUGUUCACCUUCAACGCUGCGCAUUGGUCUCUCCCUGACGAUCGUGACAUACAUUAUACUACAACAUUCUGUAGUUAGUACUACACAUGAUCGAGGGAUACUGCAGUGUGUAGUAUAGUAUUCUACAGUAUACUACAGUUUACUAAAGAUUUCUAUAGUAAGUACUGUAGUAUUCUAUAGUAAACUGUAGUAUUUUUGUGGGCGUACAUAUAAAUAAUAAUUUUCUUGUAAAAUCAUUACUUAUGUCUAUGAUCAUUCAUAAACAUUAAUGUUUUUUAAGUUAAGUGAAUGUAUUUGGUAAAUUUUUUAGGUGUUACAUUUGACCCCAGCUACUGUUAUUAAGACAGAUGUACGUUUCUUAUAUUUAAAAAAAAAAGUGACUGGCCUAGUUCAAGUGGUCUCAAUUGCCCCUGGUCUCCCCGACAUCUGAUUUACUUUGUACCAAAUAACUCUGAGUCUGUUUACUAUACAAUCUUAGAAAAAAAGGGUUCCAAAAGGGUUCUUAAUGGAGGAAUAUGGUUCUCGCAAGAACCCUUUUUGAAGGACAAGGGUUAUUUGUAAGGCAAAGGGUUCUACCUAGAACCUUUAACAUCCUAAGAACUGUUUUUGGAGGAAAGGGUUAUUUGAUAAUUCUUUGGAAGGCAAGAAGGGUUCUACAUAGCACCAUAUACAGUGGGGAGAACAAGUAUUUGAUACACUGCCGAUGUUGCAGGUUUUCCUACUUACAAAGCAUCUAGAGGUCUGUAAUUUUUAUCAUAGGUACACUUCAACUGUGAGAGACGGAAUCUAAAACAAAAAUCCAGAAAAUCACAUUGUAUGAUUUUUAAGUUAUUAAUUUGCAUUUUAUUGCAUGACAUAAGUGUUUGAUACAUCAGAAAAGCAGAACUUAAUAUUUGGUACAGAAACCUUUGUUUGCAAUUACAGAGAUCAUACGUUUCCCGUAGGUCUUGACCAGGUUUGCACACACUGCAGCAGGGAUUUUGGCCCACUCCUCCAUACAGACCUUCUCCAGAUCCUUCAGGUUUCGGGGCUGUCGCUGGGCAAUACAGACUUUCAGCUCCCUCCAAAGAUUUUCUAUUUGGUUCAGGUCUGGAGACUGGCUAGGCCAGUCCAGGACCUUGAGAUGUUUCUUACGGAGCCACUCCUUAGUUGCCCUGGCUGUGUGUUUCGGGUCGUUGUCAUGCUGGAAGACCCAGCCACGACCCAUCUUCAAUGCUCUUUACAUUUACAUUUACAUUUUAGUCAUUUAGCAGACGCUCUUAUCCAGAGCGACUUACAGGAGCAAUUAGGGUUAAGUGCCUUGCUCAAGGGCACAUUAACGUCAUUUAGCAGACGCUCUUAGCCAGAGCGACUCACAAAUUGGUGCGUUUACCCUAUAGCCAGUGGGAUAACCACUUUACAAUUUGGGGGGGGGGGGGGGGGUUAGAAGGAUUACUUUAUCCUAUCCCAGGUAUUCCUUAAAGAGGUGGGGUUUCAAAUGUCUCCGGAAGGUGGUGAGUGACUCCGCUGUCCUGGCGUCGUGAGGGAGCUUGUUCCACCAUUGGGGUGCCAGAGCAGCGAACAGUUUUGCCUGGGCUGAGCGGGAACUAUGCUUCCGCAGAGGAAGGGGAGCCAGCAGGCCAGAGGUGGAUGAACGCAAUGCCCUCGUUUGGGUGUAGGGACUGAUCAGAGCCUGAAGGUACAGAGGUGCCGUUCCCCUCACUGCUCCAUAGGCAAGCACCAUGGUCUUGUAGCGGAUGCGAGCUUCAACUGGAAGCCAGUGGAGUGUGCGGAGGAGGGGGGUGACGUGAGAGAACUUGGGAAGGUUGAAAACCAGACGGGCUGCGGCAUUCUGGAUGAGUUGUAGGGGUUUAAUGGCACAGGCAGGGAGGCCAGCCAACAGCGAGUUGCAAUAGUCCAGACGGGAGAUGACAAGUGCCUGGAUUAGGACCUGUGCCGCUUCCUGUGUAAGGCAGGGUCGUACUCUCCGAAUGUUGUAGAGCAUGAACCUGCAGGAUCGGGUCACCGCCUUGAUGUUGGCGGAGAACGACAGGGUGUUGUCCAGGGUCACGCCUAGGCUCUUCGCACUCUGGGAGGAGGACACAGCGGAGUUGUCAACCGUGAUGGCGAGAUCAUGGAACGGGCAGUCCUUCCCCGGGAGGAAGAGCAGCUCCGUCUUGCCAGGGUUCAGCUUGAGGUGGUGAUCCGUCAUCCAUACUGAUAUGUCUGCCAGACAUGCAGAGAUGCGAUUCGCCACCUGGUUAUCAGAAGGGGGAAAGGAGAAGAUUAGUUGUGUAUCGUCAGCGUAGCAAUGAUAUGAAAGGCCAUGUGAGGAUAUGACAGAGCCAAGUGACUUGGUGUAUAGGGAGAAAAGGAGAGGGCCUAGAACUGAGCCCUGGGGGACACCAGUGGUGAGAGCACGUGGUGCGGAGACAGCUUCUCGCCACGCCACUUGGUAGGAGCGACCGGUCAGGUAGGACGCAAUCCAGGAGUGAGCCGCGCCGGAGAUGCCCAGCUCGGAGAGGGUGGAGAGGAGGAUCUGAUGGUUCACAGUAUCAAAGGCAGCAGACAGGUCUAGAAGGACAAGAGCAGAGGAGAGAGAGUUAGCUUUAGCAGUGCGGAGAGUCUCCGUGACACAGAGAAGAGCAGUCUCAGUUGAAUGACCAGUCCUGAAACCUGAUUGGUUUGGAUCAAGAAGGUCAUUCUUGAGAGAGGGAAGGAGGUUGUUGGCCAAGAUCUCGCGAUACAUGGCCCCAUCCAUCCUCCCCUCAAUACGGUGCAGUCGUCCUGUCCCCUUUGCAGAAAAGCUUCCCCAAAGAAUGAUGUUUCCACCUCCAUGCUUCACGGUUGGGAUGGUGUUCUUGGGGUUGUACUCAUCCUUCUUCUUCCUCCAAACACGGCGAGUGGAGUUUAGACCAAAAAGCUCUAUUUUUGUCUCAUCAGACCACAUGACCUUCUCCCAUUCCUCCUCUGGAUCAACCAGAUGGUCAUUGGCAAACUUCAGACGGGCCUGGACAUGCGCUGGCUUGAGCAGGGGGACCUUGCAUACGCUGCAGGAUUUUAAUCCAUGACGGCGUAGUGUGUUACUAAUGGUUUUCUUUGAGACUGUGGUCCCAGCUCUCUUCAGGUCAUUGACCAGGUCCUGCCGUGUAGUUCUGGGCUGAUCCCUCACCUUCCUCAUGAUCAUUGAUGCCCCACGAGGUGAGAUCUUGCAUGGAGCCCCAGACCGAGGGUGAUUGACCGUCAUCUUGAACUUCUUCCAUUUUCUAAUAAUUGCGCCAACAGUUGUUGCCUUCUCACCAAGCUUGCCUAUUGUCCUGUAUCCCAUCCCAGCCUUGUGCAGGUCUACAAUUUUAUCCCUGAUGUCCUUACACAGCUCUCUGGUCUUGGCCAUUGUGGAGAGGUUGGAGUCUGUUUGAUUGAGUGUGUGGACAGGUGUCUUUUAUACAGGUAACGAGUUCAAACAGGUGCAGUUAAUACAGGUAAUGAGUGGAGAACAGGAGGGCUUCUUAAAGAAACACUAACAGGUCUGUGAGAGCCGGAAUUCUUACUGGUUGGUAGGUGAUCAAAUACUUAUGUCAUGCAAUAAAAUGCAAAAAAUAAUUACUUAAAAAUCAUACAAUGUGAUGAUUUCUCUCACAGUUGAAGUGUACCUAUGAUAAAAAUGACAGACCUCUACAUGCUUUGUAAGUAGGAAAACCUGCAAAAUCGGCAGUGUAUCAAAUACUUGUUCUCCCCACUGUAUUUCCCAGCAUGCGCUAAUGAAGGGUGAUUUUCAGAAUAGUUUUAAUAUCUGUGUUUUUGUAUGUACAUUGAUUGGUUGAUUAUAAAGAACAUUCUAGGUAGAACCUUCUGCAAAGGGUUCUACCUAGCACCAAAAAGGGACAAACCGAAGAACCCUAUAUGGUUCUACUUAGCACCUUUAUUUCUAAGCGUGUAGCUCAGUAUAAUACUUUUAACAUGGUUUAACUUUCAAAAGUGUUCAGCUCUCAUUAUGGUAUGCACUGAGUGUACUUUGCCUUGUAAGAGUCGGCCUUGAUAAGAGCUACUGCUAGAUCGAUACAUGGAAAUGAGAAUUGAAAGUGGCUCUGGCUGGGCUGGCGUAAGGUGCAUGUAUAGAGAUAUCCCUCUCUCUCUCCACCUUUCUUCAUCCCUCUCACAAUCUCUCCUGUCAGAUCCUAAAGACGGAGAGAGACAAUAUGGAGGUAGCUAAUCAGGAGACCAUGUUCGAGGUCAUGGAGAAACACUCCAAAGAGCUGCAGGAUAUGGGUGAGUUAUUUUCUAUUAUAUUCUGCUCUGCUCUAUUCUAUGCUAUUCUCACUUCUUGUCCAUCUUUCAGAAUAUAUUUUUUAAACCUUUUAAGUUUGGAGUUAAGAGACUUGAAUGAGACUUGAAUGACUCCCAUUGCAGUGUGUACAUUGACAGCAGUACAUGAUAGCAUUGACUGUGUUUGAGCCAGGGUCCUCAUUGGAUAUCGUCUCUGUCUCUCUCUGCGUUCCCCUAGAGUCGGCCAACAGUCAGAAGCUGAUGUUGGAAUAUGAGAAGUACCAGGAGCUGCAGUUCAAGUCUCAGCAGAUGCAGCAGGACUACGAGGAACAGCUGCAGCAGAUGGACGAGAGCAAGACUGCUGCCCUGGAGGAGCUCACCCUCUACUAUGAGGGCAAGAUCCAGGAGAAACUACUGGUGCUGGAGCAGGUAGGGGUUUCCAGGAUGUCAAGAGGUUGUAUGGGGACGUUUGGAGGUGGGAUUUGGGAUUUGGGGCUUUAUAUAGAGAGUCCUCACAGGUAGCUUCCUGUUUUUUCCCCUCACCAGGAUGAACUUUGGGUUAGGGCCCAGAGUUUUCCCUGUUCAGGUCAUGUGGUCAGGAAAAACUCCUGGCCCUACUUCAAGGUGAUGUAGUCUAGUCAGGCGUUUAGCAGCACCUUCACCCUCUCUUUCUCCUCCCUGCUGUGACACUGAUUGGAAGCGAAGAGACAAAUGGUUUCUGGGAGCGCCAGGUUCUCCAUCGAAGAUGUCCGGAGUAUCUUUAAGGAAAUGCGACGUCAACUCCCAUCAUUGCUAAUGGGGGUGUGAGCAGCGGACAUGGGGAGAGGGGCGGGUGGGGUAUGUGGGUGGCACAACACAGGGCCUGCAUAACCACCUUAUUAUUUCAUUCUGAAUGGAAUAGACAAUUAAACGAGAUAUAGAGAGAAUUUUAAGAUCCCCUUUAUUGGGUAAAGACCCCACACUACAAUACAUCACGUCACCAGUUGAUAGAGCAUGGCACUUGCAACUCCAGGGUUGUGGGUUCGAUUCCCACAGGGGACCAGUACAAAAAUGUAUGGACUCAUUACUUACUGUAAGUCGCUCUGGAUAAGAGUGUCUGCUAAAAUGGCCUAAAAAUAUAUACAUAAAAAAAAAUCAUAAUAGUAGACAGAGAAGUAUACUGUUGACAAGACACACAUAUUUGGGCCUUCCUAACCUCCCACCAUUGCCUCAAAGUUCCCCUUUGUAGCUCUACACAGGGCCUGCAUAAUCACCUUAUUAUUUAACUCUGUAGAGAAGAGUAGAGAGAGAGGAGGAGAGAGAGAUAGAUAGAGAGAGAGAGAGAGAGAGAGAGGAAGAGAGAUAGAGAGAGAGAGAGAGCGAGGAGAUAGAUGAGAUGAGCGAGAGAUAAGAUCUGAGAAGAGAGAGAGAGAGAUAUCGAGAGAGAGAGAGAUAGGUGCGAGAGAGCUCUCUAUCUCAUCUCAUCUCUCUUCUCGCUCUAUCUUCUCUAUCUAGCUGCUCUCUCUUCUCUCUAGACGUGCAUGGAAUGCAGAGCAUCUCAGUGGCCUGACCCUGACUGGGAUAAUUGAGGAUGUACUAAAGGUGAAUAAACAAACACCCAACAAUGGGAUUAUCCAGCUUCUUCACAGAUGUCAUGCUAGGAUGACCUAACCUCUGUCUGUGUUGUGAGGCAGAGCUCCCGUUCAUACCCUCUUUAUCUCUCUCUCCCUCUGUCCUUUGGUCUCGUGCCCUCUGUCUCUUUUUCUAAUCUUUCUUAUCCUCACUCUAUAUCCUUUCACCGCUCUCUUUCUCUGUAUCUCAUUCCUUCUCUUCAACUUAACUCUUCUCCUGUCAGCAAUGGGUGUGGCUGAAAUAGCAAAAUCUACUAAUUUGAAGCAAUGUCCACAUACUUUUGUAUAUACUGUAUAGUGUAGCUAGGUGAGACAACCACAUCUGUUAUUUUUUAAAUAAAGUAGCUAUCAGCAAAACCAGUGCUAGUAGGAAAAAGUCAAGUGUUCGUUCACGAAAGGAAAUUUUUUGUGGAGGAUGAGGGGGGGUGCUGUGGGAAUAUUUAAGAUACUCUUUAAAGAGGUAGGGUUUCAGAUGUUUUCGAAAGAUGGCCAGGGACUCUGCUGUCCUAGUAUCAGAGGGAAGCUUGUUCCACCAUCUCCCACAUAUGUCUCGCUCCCUCCCUCCCUCCCUUCCUUCCCACCCCUCCCUCUGUAGUGCCAGGAGGAGUCUCGUAUCCAGGUGAGGGAGUUUGAAGAGAGCAGGAAGCAGAUGGAGGAGGAUGGAGACAGGGAGAUCCAGGACAUCAGGAUCCGCUACGAGAGGUGGCUGAGGGACGAGAGGGAGGCCAACAUGCUCAUGAAGAGAGACACCGGCAUCAUGAAGAAGAAGGUAGAGACAUGAUCUUCUCACCUCCCACUCCUCCACUAUCCCCAUCGCUCUCAAAAGUUUCCUUGAUUCCUUUGGUCCUCUUGCCUUCUUCUCAGAACAUCAGAGGGAUACGAGGAGAGCAUUGGAGGAGAAGAUCAGAGGGUCCUCUCCUCAGAUCUUCUCCAAUGCUCUCCUCACUUUUUUCUGAUGUUUUGAGAAGGAAGUGGGGAGAGAACAGGAGGAUGCAAGAUUCACCCCUACUCUGCUUCCAAGUCCUAUCCCAUCCUACACACUCUACUCAACCCUCUCCCACCUAGCCCCUGCCUGCCUUUUCAUCAGCUCUUCUCUCCCAGCCUGCAGUGUGGUAGAUCAUAAUUACAGCCAAUCAGACGCAGCAUACAGCCUGCUGACUGCAAGCAGGGCAUGUCCAUCUGUCCACAGUUAGGCUCUAAUGCGCUCCCUCUGCAUGCUCACUCAAUAUCACAGGGAUCACUUUAAUGGAGAGGGAUGACGUUGAAUCAGAUCUGCUGCAUAUUCUGCAGUCCUAUACACCUGGUCCCAUUCUGUCUAUCUGUUGUCUUUUCUUGUCUUCUCUCUGUCUUUUUUUGUCUCCUUCCAUUUCUUCCUAGAUCAGGGCAGGCUAUUUUUACUAUCCAAUAUGGUUUGGGAUGUGGAGGCCUUAUUAUGGGUUAUGGGAAGCUAGAAAGAAUAUGACGAUUGUGUUAAUGACAAUGAGUUAUGAGGAUGGUGACUGAUGACAUUUCCCUCCCUCCCUCCUUCCCUUACACACACACACAUACACACACACACACACACACACACACACACACACAGUUCAGCAGCCUGCAGACGAAUAUAGACAACAGGAACGUGGAGAUGGAGAGGAUGAAGUCGGAGCAGCAGAACCUACAGGCCAUCAUCAAGUCCCUGGAAAAGGACAUCCUGGCUCUGAAGAAAGCGAUCCAGGAGAGGGACGAGACCAUCCAGGACAAGGUGAGUGAGUGGCUGGGGUGAGGGGGUACAGGGGGUGAGGGGGUACAGCCAGGCGCCGUGGAAAGGAGAGGGUUAGUUUUGUUCCAAAAGGAGUGAGGCAGGAAUUAUUGGUUUGCCUCCAAGGUAUGCAGAAACAUGGAAGGUAUAGUUGACUGGACGUCACUGAAACUGUUAAAACACUGAGGAAGGAAAACAGUCUGUUUUGUAUAAUGGACCUCUAGACUGGUAUGAUUGUGUUCCAGUUUAGUUUGUUCUAAUGCCCCUCCCUCAUAAUUAAACACAAUCAACUCAUACGCUAUUAUAAAUUGUCCAUAAAAGUUUCCUUUCCACAUCCAUUCAUCCUGACUGAGUCCCAGUGCCAUACAUCACACCAGGCAAGGUGACUGUGAGACUGUAAGACUCCUCCCCCCAGCGCAGAACAGCACUGAGCCUUGAGAAGAGAAGGUUCCACUAAUUAAUAAUCCCACGCAGACACCUGCUCUAUGAGCACAAACUCACAUGCGCACACACGUAUGUGCAUAGGCGCACACACAUGCAUGCACAACAUGUGUCAGUGCGUAAAACCUCCUUAACAACAUGCUUGCUGCUGUUAGCACAAUUGAUGUGUGAGACACUGUGGCAUGUUAUUUCCCUUAAAGUGCAUGUCCAUAUUUUACCAUCCGCGUUAUGAGGGGGCAGACAGGGGGAGAAAUGCAUUUGCAUUUCUCUCUCUGUUGGCUCUCAUUGUGUAUACAGGGAAACUUAAUUGAUCACUGUGGCUUUAGUGUGUAAAUGUCACAGAUGCUGUCCUAUGAAAAGAUCUGCCCCCUACACACUCACACUCACAUACACACACACACACACACACAAGAUGAAACGCUUUCAAACAGCUAAUUGGACGGAGAGUAAAUUCUAACAAAAUGGUUCUGCAUCAAAACCCCUUCCUCUUCAUGAAUAAAGAUUCACACUCAGCAGCAUAACCGUGGCAUCUGUUGUUCCUACGCUCUCUUGUCUGGUUUGCUCGCUUGUCUCUAACGAUAAUACAUUUGAACAUUAAGAGGUGCUGCCCAGAAGUUAAGCCGAACAUUUAGAUUUGGAUCACCAAAGUGCUUUUAUUGUUGAAUUACUCAUACAAAAUGGCAUUUCCUUUCAACUUCAUGGGAUAUCAAAGUUUGGAAGAGGACCAUGAACAUAAUUUCACUUUUAAAAAGUGACUAUAAAAAUGUAAUGGCUUAUUUAAAUGAUCUAAGAACCUGUACCAUGGCGCUACCACAUCAUAACCAUGAGUCAUUAAAUGGCUGUUAAAUGUGUAGUCAGUCAGUGUGAAUAUUAACUUUAUACAGAGAUCUGAGGCCUGUUUAUACUUUCUUGCCAACCAUUAUUGUUGUUGUGUGACAAUGAGUUGGCAAGACAGCACAAACAGAUCUGGGACCAGGCUAAAGUCUUGUCUUGUUCCUGUGUACUGUAGGAGAAACGCAUCUAUGAUCUGAAGAAGAAGAACCAGGAGCUGGAGAAGUUUAAAUUAGUCCUGGACUACAAGAUCAAAGAACUGAAGAAACAGAUAGAGCCCAGAGAGAAUGAUAUCAAGGAGAUGAAGGAGCAGAUCCACGAGGUAAAACAAGAUGGCUUCUCUUCUUCCUCAUUUAUCAGCUCUUUAACAGGUUAACUGUCAUUUCUUCAAUUGUUGAAAACCAUCACUGAAAUGUCCCUUGAGUACAUACAUUCUAUCGGCAGUUGUCCACAGUAGGCUAACUGAAAUGUCUCUUUGAGUAGAAUGAGAAUUCAAUGUUCACAGAGUAAAUCAGUUCCUACUUUUGUACUUGUCAUCAUUGAUACUUUUUGAAACUGCCUGCCAACUUCAGGCCCUUUUCAUCUAAAUGGAAAUGAGCACUGUGGUCCAUAUAAAUGUAGGGUUGAUCAGGGUUUAGAUGUCCUAUAGAUCAGCUGUGUGAGAGAGAGAGGGAGGUGGGAGAGAGUGAAGAAUAUAGAGAUCAAUGCUAUGCCCCCCCACCCCACCCCUCUACACUCUAACUCCACUCACACUUGUAUUUUCCUACUAGCACUGACUUUGCACAUAACUUCUUACCAUGACUGUGAUAAUGUGGUUGUCUCGCCUAGCUAUCUUUAGAUGAAUGCACUAACUGUAAGUUGCUCUAGAUAAGAGUGUCUGCUAAAUGUAUUUUCUAAAAACUAUGUAUUUUUACAUUUUACAUUUGAGUCAUUUAGCAGACGCUCUUAUCCAGAGCGACUUACAGUUAGUGAGUGCAUAAAUUUUCAUAUGUAAGAAGGCUUCCUGUGAUCUGUAGAUGGAGGAGGAGCUGGAUACCUUCCACAAGAAGAACACUCAGCAGGAGCUGGACAUCGCUGAGCUGAAGCUCAAACUCACCACCACUGACAAGGAGAUGCACAAGGGCCUGAAGAAGGUGUACUCUAUAAGUAGAUACUGUACAUAAAAGUUGGAGAGAGAGAGAGAGGUUCAUAAGUUUAUAUUUGUGCAUUUAUCUUUGUCUGACUAUCAGUGCCACCCAAUUUGUCUGACAAGUCCACGAUCUUCACCCACAGUCUCACCUCCAUCCCUCACUUUUCCUCUCUCCCUCCACAUCUCCCCUCCUUCUCAGGUGAGAGAUGUGGAGGCCCUGGUACGCCGGUUCAAGACGGACCUCCAUAACUGUGUGGGGUUCAUCCAAGAGCCCAAGAGGCUGAAGGACAGCAUCAGAGACCUGUACGACCGCUACGCACAGCAGAGUGACGUGGUGAGACAGCGUUGGCUAUUGUGUGUUCCUGUUAAGAAGUACUGAAUGCAACACGUUUUUAAAUGGCUGCUCUUCAUGUCUCUCAGCUGGAUAUAGUUAGUGUGGAUGGAAACAUCCAGAGGGAGUACGCUCGGCAAAGGGAGCACCUGGAGAGGAACGUGGCGUCCCUGAAGAUGAAGCUGGCCAAUGACAGCGUGGUCCACCAUGCUGACAACGUCAAGAUCAUGCAGGUGACAGAGACAAGACUUUUCAGAAAGGACUGUUGGAGUAGGUGGAUAAGUAUGUCUGUGUGCCCAACACUAUUUUCAUAGGAUUUGUGGAUUUGGUUUCAUUCCCAUUUAUAAGACACCCAAAAGCUAGGCUUGUUGUUUAGUGUUGUAUUCCUUGACUGGCUGACAGACAGAUGGACGGACGGACUAAUUGACUGACUGACUGACUGAUUGCUUGACUGGAUAAUUGAUUGGUUGCUACAGGAGAACGUGACUCUGAUCAGUGAGGUCAACGACCUGCGGCGGGAGCUGCAUCUGGUACGUUCCCAGGUCCAUGACUACAAGGGUCUGAUGGGAAAGAAGGGCCAGAAGCAGACCAACACACUCAAAGGUGACCUCUUUCUCACUCAUCUCUCUGAUUUACAGUAAAGAGAAUAGAGUGCAGCUUGCUACUCAUUGGAAAGAUUGGUUGAGUAAAGUUCACUGAACUUUCCUCUGAAGUAGAGUAUUCAUAUUUUUAGCCACUGGGUGCCACUGUGUGAAUAGUCUGUAUAAUAACUUUUCCCCCUGUGGUAAAACCACAUUUCUACUCUUUUAUUCACUUCAUAUUCAUAUAAGUGCUUUAGAAGUGGGUGUCUGGUCACAGUCUCAUUCCAAGAAGGCAUACCCUAGUUGUUUGGAGUAUUCCCUAAGAAUUUAGGGUAACGUCCUAUCGGCCUACUUCUACUUCCCUAUAAAGUAACUCCUGCAUGAUCUCACUCUGAAUUGGUCCCUAUACCCAGCCCUGCUGUCUCCCAGGGCCAACCCCAGUAACAUGGUGGUCCGUCUGAACGAGGAGGACGAAGGGGACCGCAUCAUCCAGCUGCAGCGCCUGGAGAUCAAGAGACUGAGAGAGGAGAUCCAGGUCCUGAUGAAGAUACACUCCUACAGACCCCCCUCCACCACCAAGCUACCCUCCCUCCAAACCAAUGCA